AUGACCCACACUAAGCAGAAAGGUUCCCGCUGGGACCGCCACCCUUUACUUCCACAAGGCGGCGCCAUGGGCGGGGACCAGGCCGAGCGCGCCCUCCGCUUUGGCCGGACGAAGAAGAUCAAUGAGGUCAUCCGGCGGAGGAAAAAUGACAAGGCGAUGAAGGACAAGAGGGCUAAUAAAGCUCAGGAAAGGAAAUGGGACAGGAAAUUGUAUCCUCUGCGAGGGAGGCUUGGAGAGGGCCUUAGCUGCCGUGUCCUCCUCACAAGGUUGGAUGAAAGCAUCCAAAAGAAAACUGAAGUGAGAGCUCUCAAACACAAAUACAGGAAAGGGAAGCUCGGCGAGACUAAGUGGGCAUCUAACGGCAAGUCAACGCUUUUAAGCACCCAUGUAACACAACCCCGCAAGCGACGUUUGGCCUCCCUCAACGCUGAGGCCGUUAACACUUUGCUACUGGACAGAGCCACCGAUCUCCAACUGGCAGCCAAGUUGGCCAAAAGAACCCAGGAGGAACCUGCUAACAGAGGAUGUUCUUCAGAUGAAGCGGCACCUUCGAAGGCCUUUCAAGGGAUUGUCACUAAACCGUCCCUGUCUCACAAAUUUCACCAAAUCUCCAAGAAGGUCAAGAAAGUCAGGACUUCAAGAGUAGAUGAGACCCGAGCCUUGAGUCUGCAGAUUCUGGAUACGCCGACACCGAGGCGACUGGCUGGACUUAACGCUGCGGCUCUUCUGAAGUUGACUAGCUCGUCUGCUGUGUCCAAGCAGAGAGUUAAGAGCAUACCUCCUUCUACAACCACGUCAGAUUGCAAGACUCCUGCUCAGAACCAGACUCAAAAACAGCCCCCAAAAGUCAAACACAAAGAGCAGUCCCAAAAGCAAAAAGAGGCUCCCGAAAAGCCCGUCCUCAUGCACUGUAGUUGCACAGCCUGCAAAGAGAAGGCUGACUUUGAACCGAAAGUGGAGUGGGAGUCCAGCACCCAUGCUCUGGCAAAACCAGGAUACCAGUCCCGCAGCAUGUUAGGUUACUGCCUCAAGAACGUGAAGGAAGAACAGCUGGAAACUGAGCUGAGCCCCUGUUACUGUUGCUCCCCUGAGGGCUCAAUGGAGUACUGCCACCGCCUGGCCUUCUUCCUUGGCCACCCUGAAUCUGGUGACCAGGGUUCGCUGGGGUCUAGCAAUACCCCGGUCAAACGUGAGUGCCUGGUGACCACACAGUCCCUGACGCACUCCCAUCCGGCGCUCUCCCUCAGCCCCCAUCCCUGCCUGUGCUACUACGUCCACAUCACUCCACACCCGCCGCCGGCUCACACAGCGACGUCGGCGACCCUCGCCCCACGGCCCCUGAACUUUGCGCCAGCCGCCUUGUGCCCAAACCGGAUGAUGGGUUCCAAACCGCUUCCUGGCCCUCGCGUCACCCAUACUUGCUUCAACUCUGUUGCGUCACCAUGUUACGGGGACUCCUGUGGGAUGGGUGGCUACACCUGCAGAGCCAUCCCCCCCGUCACCAGCAGGGGGUGCACUUUCAGCACGGGGUGCAUCAGAUGCUCGCAUGGUAUCAAAACAGAAACUGACUCCUCCGCUCAGGAUGACCACAGCCCCUCUGUUCUGGUGCCAUCGUCCUUGCCUCUCUCUAGCUGCCCUUUAUCCAACGUGCCCACUUCUACCCAGACUACUAAAACCCACCUGCUCACCCCAGUGUCAAUCCAAGAGCAAAAUAAGCCACCACCCCGGGCCCGGCUAAAAGUGACCGCCGACCACCCGUCUGGAGCCUCCAAUGGAGACCAAAGCUCUGGACCUCGCUCGCUGCAACAAAAGAGAAUUGGCCGUCGACGUGCUACAAAUGGAUGGCGGCCUGUGGGGGUCCCCACAGAGAAGGACGUUUUUAUAGCGGGAGAGGACGAAACGGCACCCAGGCAGUGUUACGAAGGCGUGGAGCGAGACGGCGAGGUAAUCCGCGUCCGAGAUACAGUGCUGCUGCGUUCAGGCCCUAGGAAGAAGUCCCUACCCUAUGUGGCCAAGAUAUCAGCGCUGUGGGAGGAUCCCAAAACUGGAGAGCUCAUGAUGAGUCUUUUCUGGUACUACCGACCGGAGCACACGCAAGGAGGCCGAGACCCUAGCACGCACUGCGAGAAUGAGAUCUUUGCCUCCCGACAUCAGGACGAGAACAGUGUGGCCUGCAUUGAAGACAGAUGCUACGUCCUGCCGCUAGCCCAGUACUGUAGAUAUUGUGCCUUGAUGAAGCGUCGUUCCGAAGGCGCCCUACCCCCCGGCAGCAGCGUGGUGCCCUGCAAUCCUGACUUUGCCCCACCCUCUCACCGCUCUGUGCCCACAGACGUGGACCCUGAGCUGGUCUACCUCUGCCGCCACGUCUAUGACUUCCGAUACGGACGCAUUCUAAAAAACCCUCAGUAG